GGCGCGCGGGAUCCCUCGGGCUGCGCUCAGGCAGCUCCUGUCUGCGCCCGGCAGGGCAAGUGGAGGGCGCUCGGGGCAGAGCCGCGCGAUGGACUCGAGAGAGGAGGUGGUGUUGGCCACGACGGUAAAAGAGGGGGAGAUGGGGUGGGAAAGAAUAGCAUCCGCCGGGGGCAAGGUACCUGGGGGGCCAGAAUCGGCGCAGGAUCCGGAUCAAGGGGCGCUCUCCUCCCGAAGCUCUGAGCAUCAUGUCCAUUCCAGGCACUCGGCCAGCCAUGGAAGCUGGUGGUGGUUGGGAAAGUAUCUUUUUGGGAAAGUACUUUCCAAAACAUACACACACAAGAACAACAACAACACACACAAAAAAGAGUCCUUUUCGUUAGGGAUAAUUCAGAUGGAAAUUCCCAGGUUUCAAAAAAAAGAAGGCUAUUUAUGUAUGCCGCUACUGCGCCCGUGUUUUGUUAGCCCCAAAAUGUUAAAACGAGCGAUGUCCCAACUAAAGAAGAAUGGCAACUUAAACUGAUGGAAUCGGUGCAGCUGGCAGACUUAACUUAUAGAAUAAGAGGACAAGAAGAACAUACAUGUAAAGAAGACUGGAAAACGUUUAUUGAAUAUAUGGGAAAUAAUUGUGUACGUUUGAAAACGUUGGCAGCGUUAAGAUAAGUUCAACAGUGUACCAUAAAUAUGUUUUUGUUGAUUUAACAAUGGAUUACUGAAUGGUUUAGUUUAUGUAAAAUAUGCAGGGAUCUAUGGCGUGCAAAUUGAACCGUGGAAGGAGGAGAAGGGAAGCCACUGAUAUUUUAAGGUUGCUCAAAUGAAUAGUCUAAAAUGUAAAAUAGAAAAACUUAAUACAAAUUAUACACCCCGCCCUCAAAAGGAAUCUGCUGCUGGUUGGAAGAGGCGCCUGACCAAGGCAGCUGCUGCCUCCUUGCCUGUUUCAGGCGGUUUUAAGAAGCAAAUCUGAGGUCUCCCAUGCCUAGAAAGAAGGGACCCUGUGCAGUUCUCUGCUUGAAUCAUGCUUUUGAGGGGGAAACCGCUGUUUAGUCAUAAAUCAGAGCAAAUGGUGACCCGCCCCCUUCAGGAAACACUGUUCUAAACUGUAAUCAAUAACAAUAACAGCAACUCGCAGUGCAUAAAACAUCACAAUGCACAUCGAAAGCAAAGAUACAACUUAUACAAUUUAAUAAUAAUAAUAAUAAUAAUAAUAAAUUGCUGUAGCUGCCUAUUUAUACUUAAUUUCAUGCACACGACCUCCACCCAGUCAGGCCUGUAGGCAAAAAGAGGAAGAAUCUCUCAAAUAGCUUAGUGGGAUAUUUCUUUCUCUGAACAAGCCUUUCUCUAAAAUGAUUGAAACUAAUUCUCUUAAGCCCUUCUACUUGUACAUAUAUUAAGACAACUGUGCAGGAGAUUCCCUUCUCCAGACUUUGCAAUGGCUGAAGCUGAUGUUCAGUUGUAAGGUAAAGGUAAAGGGACCCCUGACCAUUAGGUCCAGUCGUGACCAACUCUGGGGUUGUGGCGCUCAUCUCGCUUUAUUGGCCAAAGGAGCCGGCGUACAGCUUCCGGGUCAUGUGGCCAGCAUGACUAAGCCGCUUCUGGCAAACCAGAGCAGCGCACGGAAACACCAUUUACCUUUCCACCGGAGCGGUACCUAUUUAUCUACUUGCACUUUGACGAGCUGUCAAACUGUUAGGUUGGCAGGAGCAGGGACCGAGCUUACCCCGUCGCGGGGAUUCGAACUGCUGACCUUCUGAUCGGCAAGUCCUAGGCUCAGUGGUUUAACCCACAGUGCCACCCGCGUCCGUCUGAUGUUCAGUUGUAGGCGCUGGGAAUAAAAACUUGCAGCACCACCUAGUGGCAAGUUUUCACACCUCCAGUCCAGGGGCUUGGAAACCAAGAGACUGGGGCACUAUAGGGACUCGCUGCUCAGGUCCCAGCGUUCUGCUGGUUAUUGGUCUGGGCCUCCUUUCUCUGACCCUCCUGCCAAAUCAAAUGUAAACUCUGUCUCCUUCUCUCCCAGGAGCCAUUGUUGAUGCCAGUUUCCUACGAUGAUAAGUGCCGAAACCUCUCUCCUAGCUGGUGCCUGUCUCGGGCAGGCAGCACGAUGCCAAUGGUAAGUGCCGUGGGUGGACCACGAAAGGGUGGCAGAAAGUGCUUGUGUUCCACUAAAGGAAGGUUGGGAGUGGCAAUCCUGGCUCCUUGGUGGGGACUGCUUAAAUAGAGAACCUGCCAAAGCUGCAAGUGACCCACAAGCCACAACUGUAGCCCGGGCUCUUGAGUAUCUGGCUUGAAGGUGACUUGAAUUGCCAGCUUGAAUUUUCUUGUUGCAGUCCUGGCAUUGCGGGUGGGCAGGCAAGCCUGUUCUGGUUAUCCCUGACAUGUGUGUGAGAGGGAGGCAGAUUUGCACCCACCAAGCUGUACUGCCAACAUUACCGAUGUUGGACAUGUGGGGACGGGGGCGCUCAGUGGCGGAGCUUCAUUUAAAUCAAGUCUUACUGAUUUAAAUCAAGUCUUACUGACUAGUGAUUUAAAUCAUGAUUUAAAUCUAUUUGAUUUAAAUCAAAUCCACCCUGCUGUAAACCAUGGCCUGCUCAGUCGUUAUCCCUCUAUGCGACAGGGAGAAGCAGGAUUGCGCCCUCUAGCACUGCUUCUGACUUACAGAGGAGUCCAUUCCACUGCUGAACGUUUCCUGAGGUUUAGAGGGAAUCUCCUUUUUUGUAACUUGAAAGCAUUGGUUUGCGUCCUGUCCUCCGAAGCAGGAGAAAACAAGCUUGCUCCAUCUAGAAAGGAUAGCUUAUGCUUGUACAACCUAUAAGAUUUAGGCAUCCAUCCCAUGAGAAACCCAGUUCCUGACUGUCAGAAUGCUGUCAUCAGCUCCUGUCUGGUCACCCAGGAAAGUAUAAAGACAAGGAAAAGACACUGGGUGCCAGGCUAUCUGAUUCCAUCCCACAUGUCUCCACCAGGUUCUCUGGCGUUCUUGUGGACCAUUGUUAAAGAGUUAGCUUAUUGGAAUGAGGCAGAUAGUGAUUAUUAUUAUUAUUAUUAUUUUGCUCCUUUUUGUGCAGCACGCCCAGACCCAGCUUGAGACAGCUACUAUGAAGCCAACUGGUAAGUGAUGUUCUUUGCCUUGUGACCUUGCAGAAACUUAGUUGACUGGUGAUGGGGAUAAAUGUGGAAAGGCCAAGUGUCUCUCCCGCUUGGAGGUGAUCUGGAAGGAAGCAGGGAAAACAGCAGAGCUGGACCAACACUUUCUGGUUUACAGUCCCAGGCUCCAGCUGCAAUGAGAAUCGGGCUUCCGAUGGAAGAUAAAGGAGAUAAAGUCCCUAACAGAGAAGAUUGGCAGAUUAAGUUGAUGGAUUAUGCCAAAAUGGCUAAAAUGACCAGAAGAAUCAGAAAUCAGGAAGACAAAUUUUUUAAUAAGGAAAUGUCUGUGUGCGUAUUCCCUCCUCCGUGGUUUCCAGCGGGAGAAGAGCCGCUGAAUGGGGAGGAGAGAGGGACAGAGUGCCUGCUUCUUUAAAGGAGCAAAGCGGGAAGGGAGAGGAGCCGCUUACACGGGUGUAAGCGGCUCCUGUCCGGUUGGCUCCUUUAAAGCAAGCUCGUCCCCACUCAGCUCCCCACUCAGCGGCUCUUCUCCCGCUUUGCUGGAAAUAGCAGGAAAGAUUUUCAGCUCGCUAAGGGGAGGGGAGGAGGGAGAGAAGCAGAGCCUGCUUGCUUUAGGCUCCUUUAAAGCAAGCAGGCUCUCUGUCCCUCCAGCAAAGGUUUUCAGCUCGCUAAGGAGGGAGAGAAGCAGAACCUGCUUGCUUUAAAGGAGCCUACCGGACAGGAGCCACUUACACUCGUGUAAGCGGCUCCUGUCCGGUAGGCUCCUUUAAAGCAAGCAGGCUCUCUGUCCCUCCAGCAAAGGUUUUCAGCUUGCUAAGGGGGGGGGAGAGGGAGGCGGGAGAGAAGCAGAGCCUGCUCCACACAUGCUUCUUGUCCCUUGAGUGCUUUUCCUUCCCUCCCCACUUAAAACGUGGUUACAAAGCACAGAUCCACGUGGAUCCUCAGGAUUUUUGCACUGGGUCACCCCAAAUUCACCAUCAGAUCACAUAGCAUGUCCAUGGCUACAGUUUGCACCAAAAAAAUCAUGCACCCACUGUUGCCUGGGGCUGCAGUGGUGCAAAAACGUGGUUACAAACAUGGAUCCACAUGGAUCCUCAGGAUUUUUGCACUGGGCUACCCCAAACUCACCGUCAGAUCACAUGUCUGUGGCCACAGCAUGAACCACAAAAAUCAUACAUCCACUGUUUCGUUUAGAAUAUUUUUUUUCUUGUUUUCCUCCUCUAAAAACUACAUGCGUGUUAUGGUUGGGUGCGUGUUAUCAAGCGAAAAAUACGGUAUAAUAACCACUGUAAACAGCUAAGAUUGUUAGUAAGAUUGAAAUAACAUUUGUAGUUUAAUGGUGAAUUUCGGCUACAAUGGAGAUGUAAAAGAUUUGGAUUAUCAUAAAAGAUUCAGGAGGAAAUGAUUAACAAUAGGACCCACAAAGGGAAGGAGGAAAGUCCAGGAGAUUCUUUGGAUUCUUGUUUUUAUGUUGUAUGUUGGAUAUGUAAAAUUUUAAUUUGAAAAACCAAAUAAAUAAUUUCAUAUAAAAAAGAGAGAAUUGGGCUUUCUGAUUUUAGCCUGAGCUUCAGAUGUUGAAUUCCACCCCUGGUGUUUCUUAUGCAUAGCUGCUGCCUUUCUCUUGCAGUGAUGGUCCCAGAAUCCCAGAUGAUGGUGAAAAACGAAGUGGAUCUUAUCAAAGCUCAGCUGCAUGCUCAAACCAAGGUAAGGUCUUGGGAGGAGGUAAGGCUGUGGAAGAUUCUCGUUUCUGAUCCAGGUACAUUUGGGAAAGCACUGGGCAUUUAACCAUUGGAGUUGGGAAGCUUUGGCUUAGUAGAAAGGGAAGGAGUCAGAUAAUUGGUCCAUAGAGCUUAGCAUUGGCUACAGAAACAGGUAGGUAAUUUCUAGGGUUUCAGGCAAAGAACAUUCCCAGCCCUACUUGGAGACUUGGAAGAAUUUAACCUGGAACCUUUCCCACAUUAUUGCAGCACAGUUAAUAUCGGAAAUGUAUCGAACAUGGCCAACAGCUUGGACUACUGCAAUCCGCUCUACGUGGGGCUACCUUUGAAGGUGACUCGGAAACUACAACUGAUCCAGAAUGCGGCAGCUAGACUGGGGACUGGGAGUGGCUGCCAAGACCAUAUAACACUGGUCCUGAAAGACCUACAUUGGCUCCCAGUACGUUUCCGAGCACAAUUCAAAGUGUUGGUGCUGACCUUUAAAGCCCUAAAUGGCCUCGGCCUAGUAUACCUAAAGGAGCGUCUCCACCUCCAUCGUUCUGCCCGGACAUGAGGUCCAGCACUGAGGGCCUUCUGGUGGUUCCCUCACUGCGAUAAGUGAGAUUACGGGGAACCAGGCAGAGGGCCUUCUCGGUAGUGGUGUCCGCCCUGUGGAACACCCUCCCAUCAGAUGUCAAGGAUAUAAACAACUAUCUGGCUUUUAGAAUACAUCUGAAGGCAGCCCUGUUUAGGGAAGUUUUUAAUGUCUAAUGCUUUGCGAUUUUUUAUGUGCUGUAAGCCGCCCAGAGUGGCUGGGGAAACCAGCCAGAUGGGUGGAAUAUAAAUAUGAUGAUGAUAGUGGUACAGUAGUAGUAGUUGUUACCAGAUAACCUCCAGGAAGCUCACAAGCAGAGCAUGAAGGCAAGAGCUUUCUUUCUGCACUGUGGUGAAGUCAGGGACCUUGACUACAAGAGGGCUGUGUCUUCAUGCCAGUCAUCCAGUGCUGCCUUCCACUCUGCAGCCUCUGCUCUCCCCUGCGCUGGUACCCUAACACAGAGGAGAGAGACUUUCUGUUCCUCAUCAGGCAAUGGCAUUACCACCUGCCUUGCCCCACCUAGCCUUUCCCAGACUAUGACUUUGAGAACAGCAGCAGCAGCUGGGAAAAGAGUUCAGGGAUAUUUUUUUAAAAAAAUAGUUUUAUAAAUUGUGCUUCUUUGUUUCUCAGUUUGACCCUUUUACAUGGUUUUGUAUGUUUCUGUGGUAUUUUAUGCAUUGUGAUCUGCUGUUACUUCUGUUGAUUAUAGAUUGGUAAUUCUUUAUUGUGGUUGAACUGCUGUUUAAUUAUUAUUUGCUGGUGUUUAAUUUUACUGUUUACUGUUAGAUUACUGAUGGAUUGUUGAAUGUUGCUUUGUUUGAUAUAAGUUGUUUAUUUUAAAGUUAUUGUGAUUUUUAUAUUGGAUCAGAUUGUUUUAUUAUGUUUUCAUGUCUUGGAGGCUUCCCAGAAUGGCUUGGGCAACCCAGCCAGAUGGGUGGGGUAUAAAUGAAAUAUUACUAUUACUACUACCACUACUACUAAAGUUAAAGGUAAAGGGACCCCUGACCAUUUGGUCCACUCGUGACCGACUCUGGGGUUGCGGCGCUCAUCUCGCUUUAUUGGCCGAGGGAGCCGGCGUACAGCUUCCGGGUCAUGUGGCCAGCAUGAAUAAGCCGCUUCUGGCGAACCAGAGCAGCGCACGGAAACGCCAUUUACCUUCCCGCCAGAGUGGUACCUAUUUAUCUACUUGCACUUUGAAGUGCCUUUGAACUGCUAGGUUGGCAGGAGCAGGGACCGAGCAACGGGAGUUCACCCCGUUGCGGGGAUUCGAACCACCGACCUUCUGAUCGGCAAGUCCUAGGCUCUGUGGUUUAACCCACAGCACCACCCACGUCCCUACUACUACUACUACUAUAAUAAUAAUAAUAAUAAUUUAUUAUUUAUACCCCGCCCAUUUUAAUAUUCCAAAAGAAUAUUAAAAUACUGUGAUACAUCAAACAUUAAAAGCUUCCCUAAACACAAAGGCAGUGGCUGUGUGCAUUAACCCUGUCUGUGCCAUGUUUUCCUGCCAGGCUUUUCAGGCACUGAGCCACUCAAUCACCUUGUUGGAGCAGGAGAGCAACCAGCAACAAGGUCGGAUCAAAGAGCUGGAAGGUAAGGAUUGUGGAGACUCCUAAGCACCAGCCAAUCUGGAGCAUGGCUUUAAAAUGUAUCGCUGCUGCUUACGGCUUUGCAGAAUGUGGUCUGCUCAGUAUUUAGUAUAGCUCCAAAGGGGGCAUCACUUACCUGUGCAAAGGAGGAAUGAUGCUCACCUUUGGGGAUUCCGUGUGUUCAGAAUUCCCCAUGAAGCCUGGUGUCUUAAUGUGUCUGGUCCUGAUGGCUAUGAAAUUUCUGCAGGUCUUCUAUAGAAACACCACAGAAGUGAACUAGAUCGCAAUAUCCGUUCAUUUCAGUGUGACUCCAUCUGGAAAAAUUCCUAGUGCAGUUUUCCUUAGGAUCCCAAGUCUAUCACGACUAAGACUUUGAACAAUUGGAGGAAAGUAACUUAUUACAAUGCCCCAUGUUAAUCGCAGGUCAUGCUCUGUGUUCCAGUGUGUGCUAAUGAGUUGGGUAUUUUUCACAAUUCUACGUAGCCAGUUGAUAUUGAUUUUGUAAAUUACCGCAUUUUUUGCUCUAUAAGACGCACCAGACCAUAAGACGCACCUAGUUUUUGGAGGAGGAAAACAAGAAAAAAAAUAUUCUGAAUCCCAGAAGCCAGAACAGCAAGAGGGAUCGCUGCGCAGCGAAAGCAGUGAUCCCGCUUGCUCUUCUGGCUUCUGGGAUAGCUGCACAGCCUGCAUUCGCUCCAUAAGACGCACACACAUUUCCCCUUACUUUUUAGGAGGGAAAAAGUGAGUCUUAUAGAGCAAAAAAUACGGUAAUUACCCUACUCUGUUAAAAGGAAAACCUGGAAUGUGGCACCACGGAAAGGCCAAAUUCUUCUAUUCCGCCUCCGUUCUGCAAAGAACUUUGUAGCCUCCUGAAGUCCACCCUGCUCAGCUCUCCUAGCAAGACCAAUAUAUUUUCAAGCUUCUCUCCACAGCCAUAAGGGCAAGAAACCCAAUAAUUUAAAAAAACGAAAGCCAAGAAUGUUGGCAGGCUAAGUUCUGCACCUGAUGUGAAACCCCACACUUGCGCAGGUCGAUCAAAGGUGUGCUGAAUACCUGCCGCCUCCUCAGAAUAGUGCAGGCCAUUUUGUCCUGCCUCUCCUUUGGUGGUCUUAGAAAGCUCUGCUCCAACGACUCCUUUGUCUCUUCCUGUCCAGAGGAGGUGCAGUUUUUUGCCCGCUCACCUCAUGGGGAGAUGUUUGAUAGCCUCAUCCAGAAAAGGAUCCAGGAUGUAUGGAAAGUCAUGACCAGAGAGGUCCAAGGACUCCAUGGAUCCAUGAUCAAGAAGGAAAGCUCCAUGGAGAACCUGUCGCAAGAAGUCCUUGAGAGGUGGGAGAAAACACAGGGGGUGGGAGAAGAAGGAAGGGGCUGUUGGGUGGCGUGCGAGGUCAUAUUUCACAGUCCUCAGUGCAGUAUCCAAUGCAUAUCUGAUCCUGGCCCGACUGCGCUGACUGCCAAUUAGUUUCCAUGCCCAAUUCAAAGUGCUGGUUUCGACCUAUAAAGCCUUAAAUGGCUCAGGACCACAAUACCUCAAGGAUCGCCUCUUUCCAUAUGAACCUACCCGGACCCUGAGACCAACUUCUGAGGCCCUCCUUCGUGUGCCUCCUCCUUGAGAGGUCCGGAGGGUGGCAACACGAGAACAGGGCCUUUUCUGCAGUGGCUCCCCAUCUGUGGAAUGCUCUCCCCAGGGAAGUUCGCCUGGCAGCUUCCUUAGACACCUUUAGGCACCAGGCAAAACUGUUCCCUUUUAACCAGGCCUUUGGCUGACCAGAUUGACAUCCUAUACCCUUUUAAAAUGUGGCUCUUUUUUUAGGGUGGGGGUGUUAUUGGGUUAUUGUUUUUAUUUUGAUUUUAUAGAAUGUGAUCUUUUCUAUGAACCACCCUGAGACCUCCGGGUAUAGGGCGGUAUAUAAAUUCAAUAAAUAAAUACUGGGAGGAAGACUUGAUCAAGGGCACCCCUGGCUGACCUGGGUCUCCAUAGACCCACUGAAACAUCUAAGCAGGCUUAGGUGUCAGGUGGGAGUGGAAGGAGUUUGGUGGAUGAUCUUAAUCCAGAUGUAACCAAGGUGGUACGCUUUAGAUGUUGGACUACAACUCUAGAUGUUGGACUACAACUCCCAUAAUUCUUGACUAUGCUCAUAGUGGCUAGAGCUGAUGGGAGUUGUAGUCCCAGAACAAGUGCCAUGCACCAUGUUGGAGACCUUCAACAGACCAAACUGGAGUGUGUUGCUCUCUUACUUUCUCAGUGAGUCUCCAUUACUGUGUUUUGAAGUUCUCCCUUCUUUCUUUUCUCCCCGUCUCCCUACCCACCUUCCCUCAACCUGCAGCAAGAAGUUCCUUUGGGAGGAGCUGGAAGCUGUGCAGAGUGAACUGCGGCGCAUUCAUCAGAAACUGAGUAUGUAGCUGCUCCGCUCAUAUUCCUUGUGUCCUUUGCAGGACCCGGAGCGUUCCCCCUCUCCAACAUGCAGUGGGUGCCUCUCCAGCCGUGUGGGAAGGAAUUCGGCAAUUGCUGGUCAUUACGGUCAUUCUGCCAAUCAAAGUCUUUCAGCUUGUCAGGUGGAACAAUCCCCCCUCUCCUCCUUCCCUCCUAGGUUUCAAAAAUAAAAUGGGUUGGCUUAAUAUAUACACACACACACAGUGGACCCUCGGGUUGCAAACGUGAUCCGUGAGGGAGGCACGUUCGCAACCCGCAGCGCCGCGUCUGCGCACACGUGGAUCGCGAUUUGGUGCUUUGCAUGCAUGAGCGCCGAAACCCGGAAGUAACCUGUUCCAGUACUUCUGGGUUUCAGCGCGUCCAUAACCUGAAAACACACAACCUGAAGUGUCUGUAACCCGAGGUAUGACUGUGUAUGUGUGUGUGUGUGUGUGUGUGUGUGUGUAUCUCAGAGAAAUAGAAGUUUGGAAACUGGACCUAAGCCAUUCACACAUCACUAGCACUGCUAAAAAGGGUAAAAUAAAUUAAGCAGGGGUUUCAUUCGUAAAGGGAAAAAAGGGUUCUUUACUUCCUGUUACAGUCAAACCUCGGUUGCCGAAAGGCUCUGUUUUGGAACGUUUCGGCUCCCGAAUGCCGAAAACCCGGACGUAAACGCUCUGGAUUUCAAACGUUUUUUGGAAGCCGAACGUCUGACGCGGCUUCUGCUUGAGUGCAGGAAGCUCCUGCAACGAAUUGGAAGCCGCGCCUCGGUUGUCGUACAUUUUGGAAGCCAAACGGGCUUCUGGAAUGAAUUGCGUUCAACAACCAAGGUUUGACUGUGCUUUAUAUUUAAUGAACGAAUAAAUAAAUAUUUGCAAGGAUGGCUUUGGAUUCUGACUCUGGAUUGUGAGAGGAGGUUUUCCAGGUUCCCUUGUGCAGCAGAGAGAGAGAGAGAGAACAUGCAGAAGGAAGGAGUGUACCUUAGGUGUUUAGUGGGACAGCACACAGUGUAUUUGCCUUGACUAUCUGUUAGUCUCAACCAUGGGUAGGCAAACUUAGGCCUGGGGGCUGGAUCCAGCCCAAUCGCCUUCUAAAUCCGGCCCGCAGAUGGUCCAGGAAUCAGUGUGUUUUUACAUGAGUAGAAUGUGUCCCAACACUCUCAAUGCAAGAGCCAGUUUGAGGAGUGGGGGAACAGGAAGGGUAAGAGAGUAUUAGGAAAUGACAUAUAAUGAAUUGGGGGAAAAUGUUUAAAAGUACCUUUCCAAAAAACCCAGAGUCCUCUCUGUUGGGGAGGGAAAUUCCCAGGUGUCAGAAAAGACUAUUAAUGUAUGCCACUACUGCGCCCUCUGUUUUGCCAGCCCAAAAAUGGAAAACAAGUGAGGUCCCAACUAAAGAAGAAUGGCAACUUAAACUGGUUCAUUUUGCAUACCCAACACCCCUGCAUAUUUUACAUGAACUAAACUAUUCAGUAAUCCAUUGUUACGUCCAAAAGUUCAUGUCUGGCUCAAUCGCUAGCAGAAUCUGGGAGUGGUCUUUUUUUGGACCUCCCCCAACGUAAGAGUUUUGUUACCCCCAACCUUCUCCUUCCCUCUUUGCGCCUUAGGCUACUGCGCAGGAUGGGCGAUGGCAAGGGCGUGUUUCCCUUCUGUCCGCCUUGCCCAGGAGCAAUGUUAAGGCUCCCACAAGCAUCCUCUGGUCCUUGCACCUCUUCCCCACUAGAGGUGGGGCUUUCCGCCUCCCCAGAAGAGGAACUGCUUCGCAAGAUUUUUGGAGGCUCCCUGUAACACAACUGCCCAUCUGUUCCUCGCUUCUGAGCCAAUGGUAGUUCCCUGACAUGUACAUAUCUAUAUCUGUCUAUCUAUAUAGAUAUAGAUAUAUAUAUAGAUAGGUGGGAGGUUCUUAGGAGGAGAGAUGAGGAAAGCCCCUUUGCACUAGUGGAAAAAUCUGCUGCUUCUGACUGCUAAUGGGGCUCUUUACCUGAAUCCAGCCAGCAUCCUUCCCCUCCGUUACUUUCUGCAAACUCAAGCCAUCUUGAAUCUUCCUCUAUAGCAGACCCUCCGUUAUCCUCCCACAAUCUGAGCGGGUGGCAAAUGUGAAUGGCUUUGGACUCAAGCAUAACUCUGUCUGCUGGGCCACCUAGUUUAUACCUUCAGGCUAUAUAGAGGGGAAAGGUCUUUGCCCUCCCACUCAACUAGGGUAAUAGAAUUAAAAUCUCCCAAGUCCACAUGUGUUCAUUCAGUUGGCACCAGCCAGCCAAACUCUCCCUCCUACAACUGAAUAUUUUAUAGACUUAAAAGCUUUUUCUGGACCUUUUGCAACCUUUGCUUUAAAAAUCUUGGAGGAAGGAGACUUUCCAGGCACUCCCAAAGCGACUUGUUCUUUCGCUGAGCUGCUCCUGUUAAUUACAAAGAUUUCCUUUAAUUUAACACUCUUGCUUAAUCUCAUCUCGUCCUCAGCGGUGAACUCUCUCAUUCGCCUGUCUUCCGUUUGAUUUUGUAACAUCAGCAGCUUACCUUUGGAUUGUGGUUUUAAAAUUAAUUGUUCCGCUUGCAGGAGGUUCCCCGUCCCCCCAAUUCUACAUAUCUCAGGUUUGCUUAGGAGAAUUGUGACCAAUGUCGAGACCCCAGACACUGAGACUCUUGGCACUGCCUCCCUUCCGCCUUCAAGUCAGGAUCCACAAGGGCAAGGAUGGGGAACCUGUGUCCCAGCAGAUUUUGAGAUCCAGCUCCCUUUUACCCCCAGCCAAUGGUCAAGGAGGGUGGGAGUUGGAUGUGUCCCAAAUCUUUGCUAGUAGGCCUAAGGUAGGUUGCAGUAGCAGCAUAAUCACCCUACAAAAGGGGUGUCGGGGGGUCAUUAAGAUAUGGGUACCCCACAGCAUGUUAGAAGAAAUUCAGUCCUGGAUCUGAGAAGGCUGUUAUUUUUUUAAAUUAUUUUUGCAUUUUCAAUUUUACAACCAAUAACAACAAAAAAUAAACAAAAUACAAACAUCAUUUUCCCUUUGACUUCCCUCCCCCCUUUUUUAUAGGUCCUUAUGUUUUAAUUUUCAUUCUGCAUCUCUUCACUAACUCAAAAUGUUACAAGUCCUUUUUCAUACUUCAAAUUUUAAUACAAGUUUUCUGUCAAACCUACUAAUAAAUGUCGUUGUUUACAGUAUAAAAAAAUUCCUUCCAGUAGCCCCUUAGAGACCAACUAGGUUUCUUAUUGGUAUGAGCUUUCGCGUGCAUGCACACUUGUUCAGAUACCAAUAACUAUUUACAAUAGUUUUUCAAAUACAUUAUAUACCUCCCCCAUUCUUUAUUAAAGUUUGAUUCUUCCUGUAAGAUUUGCCAAUUCAGCAUAGUUUGUUAAUUAUAUCUGCCUCUUGGUUGGAACUGUAUUUCCUGAGGAUCUCUGUUAUAAACCACCAGUGACUUCAACAAAGGGGAAAAUUAUGUUGGUGCUGGCAUGAUUUAAAUGACACAAAUCCUAUGUUGUCUACUAGGUUCUUGUAUAUGUGUGUCAAGAUUCAGGCAGCCCUGCCUCCCCUCCCUUGCUAUAGCUGUUCUGCUUUCUAGAGAAGGGCAAAACCAGGGUCUGGCGGGUGGGAAUUUUGGGAAUUCUGAGGAAGUGCUGUGGGGAGCCCAUCCCAAAAUGGCUGCCACCUCUAAAAGCAGGAAAAGAUACAAGGAUGCAAAACGAUGUAGCCCCACCACCAAAGGGGGGGGGAGACCUAUGUCAACUGCUGCCACCAUCCCCACAUUCACUCUCGGAGAGGAGCUGUGGGCUUGUUGUUUUUUGUUUUCAAAUUUAUACAUUUUAUUAGUUUUACAAUCAAUUCAUCAUUUCAAAAUUUGACUUCCUUCCCCCUCUUUCUGCGGUUCCUUAAAUUUAUUUUUUAAUACCUUCUGCAUAUCCAAAUUCAUUUAACUUGCUCAUUUAAUUAUCUACUGUAAAUAUCUACUCUUAUAAAACUGCAAAUUAUUACAAUAAUCCUGCUAGUGUUUUUAUCUGUUUACAAUUUAUCUGUAAAUAUUCAAAUCAACCAUUUCCAUUCCUUGCUAAAAAGUUUGUUAUCUUGAUUUCUUAUUCCUCUGGUAAGUUUCACCAUUUCUGCAUAUUCCAGAAGUUUUUGUAUCCAUUCUUCCUUUGCUGGGACUUCUUUCCAUUUUGGCGCAAGUAACAUUCUUGCUGAUGUAGAUUUCUAUACAAUUUAGGUAGCUCUGUCCCUAUAAUUCCCAAAAUAAAAGCGUCUGGGUUGGGCUUUUUUUUAAAUAAAUGUAAUUUUCAACAUCUUUUUCAAUUCAUUGUAUAUCAUUUGCACCUCUCUUUGCCCCUCUCCCCAGUUCCGAAUGAACAGGAAGAUGAGUGUCCAAUCCCAGAAUCCAAUGAAAUGUGGGCAUGUUUAACAGGGAAAGUUUGGUGCAGGAGAGGCCAAGCCAAUGCAAGCAGGAGCUGAGAGCAAGCAACCUCUUGUGCAUCGUUGAAUUUGAAGGGGUUAUUUGCUGAGACCUUUGGCGGACACCAUAGGAGGCAUUGACAGGCACAUUGGUGACCCUCUGGGCUAAGCGCACUCCACCCCUUUGCAUCUAGUAGAGCGCAAGCAAGGGGUCGUUGCUGCACCAGACUCCAGGAACCUUCAGGCCUCUACUCCCAGCUGAGGGUGUCAGCUGUGGCUGUUGUGUGGCGAGUCCCCUCCUCCCCUAGGUGGAAGUAAUGACACAUGACACAAUUAUUAAGGUUAAUGGGCUAAAAAAGGCCACAACUUUAUUGGUUACAGGUGAUGAGCGGUAUUGGCUUAGGCAUUGGUUCUAACCGGCUAUAUCCGACUUCAGCCCGUCCACUUGAAGUCCGGGAAGGGUUAACCACCAGUACGGGGAGUCCUGCUGAUGCACAUCAACUAGGAACUCCCCCAGGGUCACCGUUAGGGGGCGUGCCUUAGGCCCUCAGCUCCCUAGGCUUCGGACAGGGCCACGCCCCCUAGAAUCCUUUAACAGACUACUCUUCAAUAUGUGGGGCAGGUGAUGGCGCUACCUCCCCUCUUCCAUCUACAGAACUAUACCAAUGCCUAACCACCAAUCCCAGAAAGUUGUGACAAUUUGCUACAAGGUAGGUGAAAACCAAGUGGCUGGUGCCAAUUUGCCAAGUGGAAAAAAAUCCUACCAGGCCCCUCAACAGUGACCAACCAAGUCCAUAGCAAGGUCAAAGAAUGAAAAACCUUAUAGGGCAGGAGGGUGGGAAACCGGAAUAGCUGAUGAGCGACAAAGAGGGAGAUUCCCAGCCGCAUCCUGCCUCUAUAGGGCAGGCCACGCCCCCUGAACCAGCUGAUUGGCCGGCCAGGGGGUGACAUGGCCAGGAAUCGUGUGUGUGGUGGGGCCGUGAAGCCCGCAACCCCAUCUCCUUCUUAGGGUGGAAGUGGCUUUUACAAGGUCUAGCUGGCAGAAGGAGGGCGUGUGUGCACAGUUCCUGGGCAAGAAACAGAAAGGUUGAAAUGCAGAGGGGGAAAUCGUGACCCAAUGUGUUUGGACUCUUAUUGUAGAGGACCAGGAGGUUGAUAUCACCAGGAACCUGGUCAGCAUUAAGAAAAUGCAGGCGAAUCAGCUGAAGUGCACCAAAGUGAGUAGCUUCUCUUGGCUCAGUUCUCUGAGAUUUCCAGCGUCAAGAGGUGGGUGUGUUUGUGGGACCUCUGCAUGGAGCCGGUGUUGUUUGUUGCACAAGUCUGUAUCAAAGGAAGCAACACCCCAUUGCCUUCAGCUGUAGAUUAAUGGGUUGUGUUCAACUAACUUGCUCGGGGCAGACUCAAAGAAAUUAACGGCUUCGCUUGACAUAGAUCAUUAAUUUCAAUAGGUCAUCUGUGAGAUAGUGUCUGAGGUUAAGAGGCCACCUGGGGUUCUCAGGAUCCUAGAGACCCAAAGAUGGAGCUCUCUGACCCAGAUGAAUAGGAGCUGAAUAGGAAAACAGAAAAGCGCAGGCUCCUUUGAUGGGGGACGAAGUGUGUGUUGUAUAGAUCACACAACACUUGUGUCCUGUUUGAUGUGUGGCCAUCCAGGCCAUGGAUCUUGUGGCAAUAAGUUUGAGAAAUUCAUAUUCCUUCUUGGAGCUUCUCUUCUUUGGCAAUAACUUGGAGCUGGGUAAAAUUGUCUUCCACAAACACGGUUCUAACAGUGAGUCCGUAAGUGACUGUGGAGGCCAAUUCUGGAUCCACACGUCCUUCCACAGUAGGGACAUACUGGGCAGGAGUUGAUCAUGGUGAGGGUUUGCCAAGCGUGCCUUCCUCUUAGCACAUUUCUCCCUUUCGUCUUGAGUUUGAGUGUCUUCAAAGCCUUUGGUAAAGGCUGUUCUCCAACUGGAGCACUCACAAGCCACUGUUUCCCUGUUCCCUUUUUUAAAGAUUUGCAUCCUUGGAGCACCCCUACUGGACAGCAGCAAAUAGCUGCUGGCUGCCGUCCUCCCAGUUUUGUUCCUUACUUGUAUCCUUCCCUGGUCUUCCUAGUUCCUGGGCCAGCUGAAGUGCAGAACAGCAGGCGAUGCCUUAGAACCUGCAGAUAAUAAGCCUGUGACUGACGAGCUGAACAAUAUCUGGUAAGUACAUCAUUUUGGGGAUUCCUGUCAAGAAAUCCCACCCUAAACACUCUCUAAAGCUUCAGCCUGCCCUGCCCUUCUAUUUCGUGCCCAUGUGAGCUGCCUUGAGGGGUGAAAGAAAGGACAGCCCUCCCUCUUCCACUUUUGUGGACUUUGGUGUUGUGUACCUUGUUCAACUCUGUAGGCCAAUGAGACACGGGGCUUGAAUUUCCUGUACCAGGAAGUUCCACCUCUGCUUCUCGCUUUUACAUUUUCAUACACACAGAUCCAAAUUCCAGCAUAAAAAUCUGCCUGUAUUUUUGAUCAAUGUGUACACGUAUCUGGAAACGAAAGGCUGUUGUUUUCCAGACACAUGCAUCAGAUUAAGAGAGAGAGAGAGAAGCUGGUUACUGUUUUCACAUUACAACAUACAUACCUUGGAUUUCUCUAUGAAAAUGUAAAGAAGUCGCCUGGGUCUGAGGGAUCAACUAGAUCAGUGGUUCUUAAUCUUUUUUGGGUCAUAGACUCCUUUGAGAACCUGAUGAAAGCCAUGGACCACAGAAAAAUGCACCCAAGGAUACAAAAAGAAGCAGGAAAGAAAUCAAAUGAGGGGGAUUGGGGGUUUUUUGCACCCGGUUCAUGGUCCCUCUGAAGCCUAUCCACGGCCCCAAGGUUAAGAACCUCUGAGCUAGACGUUGGUGACCACAGUGAUCAAGAGCCGGGGUUCAGCCUGCAGAGUUUAUUUCCUGUACUAGCUACUGUUGUAAACAAAAAUCUGCCCUUUUCCCUUAUGAGGUAUCCAAGAGCCCAUACAGAGUCCUUUGUAGAUUCUCCAUUGGUAGGAGAAAAUAACAGAGGCCAACCAGAGAAUAUUGAGAAGCAAAAGCAGCUAGUAAGCCUGAUCUUUAUUGAUCUGUUGCAACAGGGUGCUCCCCUCACCCGCAGGAGAGGAGGAGGAACCCAAAACAAUGGCGCACAAGGCCUUAUAAAGACUUUUGAAAUUGCCACUCUGUAGAUCAAGACCACCACCAGAAACAUCAUACAUAUACCACAGAAGGGGUGUAACCUAAGACCACCCUCCAGAUACAUCAUACCUACAUCACAGAAAAGGCGGUCUAAAACAGAAAUUUGAAUGUUGUUUUUUUCCCUGUCGUUGUUUAUCUCCUGUCUGGCAGGUUACUUGAUUAGAUUGCCUGGGGAGCCUGGCCAGUCUUUUGUAAUGAUAAAUACUUAGUUCCUGGGCCAGAUCACAGGCUCACACCCUAUUCAAACACAGACAUACCCUUAAGACAGGAUUUGUGAGGAAAGAGACAAUGGGGAGGUUUCCCACUUUGACCUUGCAGAGAAAACAUUUGCUCAGUUUAGGAAUCAAAAUGGUUCCAGGUCGGUCUUCCUGUGCUGAUCUAUGUACGUGCUUGGUUGGUACACUUAUGAACAUUUCCAUAUAUCUAAGACCAUAAAAUUCCUCUCACACUACCAAAGGGGAAUGAAGACCCAUGAAGGGGUGGGUCAUGUUUCUGCCCUGCAAUCUACAUGGAGGUCCUUGUAUCUUCCUCCCAUACAGGUCAGCUGUCAACACGCUGCGCAACUCCUUCACCAACAGCAUCUGGAGUGACAAGAGGGGGUCUCAGAGGAUGAAAGGUGAGUUGCAGCAGUGGUCCGGACUGGAAAGAAGGCAUGUUGGACAAAAUAUUCCUGCAUUGCAGGGGGUUGGACUAGAUGACCCUCGUGGUCUCUUCCAACUCUACGGUUCUAUGAUUCUAUGAAGUGUGGGCCCCAUUGGGCUGGGUGACCACAACCUAUCUGGCAUGGCUUUCCAAUGGGGGCCUCUCCCUCUUGACUUCUUCUUUGGACUUGAAUCUUCAGCUUGCAGUUUGCAUAUCUUAGUACAGAAAGUAUUGAUCAGAUGGCUAGAUAUCUUUCCUAUUUAAUUAAUUCAAGAGGGUUCUGGAAGCUUCUCUGUGUGAAAGAAACAAUCAGAAGACUCAUGAUGUUUGGGUUAUUCCUUCAGAGAAGGCUUAAACUGGUUCUCUUAUCUCUUUCUGUCAAGGUCAUGCUGACUAUAAUAGUGAGGCCAGAUGGAGCCCGGGUUUCACUUUCUCUUUCUAUCUUUCUUCCUUCUGGUGUGGUGUUCUGUAUAUAGCAUGCUUAGUGUUAAGGUUUAGGCUUAUUAAGUUAAGUCUGCUGCAACUGGAUUUCUUAUGGACAGUGCUAAUCCUGAAUGUAUUAGAUUUGUGACCAUUGUGCUCAUUUGCCUUCAGCAGCAGUACAGCUCUGCUGGAUGAAAUGCAAUUGCUUCUGGUCUAUGUUUUGGGAAUUCCGCAACGUGUCUGAGUUUUUACUUUGCUAACUAUACUGUACUUUGGAGUUCUGCUCUAGAUCAAUAUUGAGUAGAAUUCCAUGACAGGUGUGUAUCGACCUUUCUGGUGAUAACAAUUAGUGGAAAGGGUGGAGGGGAUGUCGAAAGGAAAGGAAAGGAAAGGAAAGGAAAGGAAAGGAAAGGAAAGGAAAGGAAAGUGCUAGAAUAGGCAGUCUUGCUUCGUUUGAUUUGAAGACACCAGGAAAGAUAGGGGCAAGGGGUGAGAUGCUCAGCCAUGUAUGGCUCAGGGCUUUAGGAAAAAGCUCUCUUGGAUCUUUUUACAGGUCGGGGCAGCCGACAUCACCGGAAAUCUAGCUCACCUGAGGCCUUUUUAUCGGACUCAGCUCUGUAUCAGGCCCGCAGUAGCUCAGAGCACAGCUCGUAGAAUGCAGAGGUGAGUCCGCAGGUUGUUUCUCGUCUUUCUCCCUCCUCAUCCUAAAUAAUAAUAAUAAUAAUAAUAAUAAUAAUAAUAAUAAUAAUAAUAAUAAAAUUUAUUAUUUAUACCCCACCCAUCUGGUUGGGUUUCCCCAGCCACUCUGGGCAGCUUCCAACAAGGGAUUAAAAAUACGUUAAAACAUCAGUCAUUAAAAACUUCCCUAAACAGGGCUGCCUUCAGAUGUCUUCUAAACGUCAAAUAGUUGUUUAUUUCUUUGACAUCUGAUGGGAGGGCAUUCCACAGGGCAGGUGCCACUACCGAGAAUGCCCUCUGCCUGGUUCACUGUACUUCGCUUCUCAGUAUCCGGGUUGAAUGAUGAGGGUGGAGACCCUCCUUCAGGUAUACAGUGGUACCUUGGGUUACAUACACUUCAGGUUACAUACGCUUCAGGUUACAUACGCUUCAAGUUACAGACUCCGCUAACCCAGAAAUAGUACCUCGGGUUAAGAACUUUGCUUCAGGAUGAGAACAGAAAUUGUGUGGUGGUGGCGCAGCAGCAGCAGGAGGCCCCAUUAGCUAAUGUGGUGCUUCAGGUUAAGAACAGUUUCAGGUUAAGAACAGACCUCCGGAACAAAUUAAGUACUUAACCCAAGGUACCACUGUGCAGGUAAAUGGAUGUACAAGCAAUCUGUCCCCUCCCACUCCACAUAAGAGACCACCGGGUGACCUCAGGCCAGUCCCUGACUCUCAGCCUAAACCUACCCUACAGAGUUGUUUGUGAGGAUGAAAUGGGGCGAAACCAGGAAGGGGGAAGAGAGGUAGGUACACUACCUUGAGCACCUCAGAGGAAAGGUGGGGGGGGGUCAAGGUCCCAACCCAAGAAGAAUGGCAACUUAAACUGAUGGAAUAUGCGCAGCUUGUGGACCUAACAUAUAGAAUAAGAGAACAAGAAGAACAUACGUUUAAAGGAAAUUGGAAAAUGUUUAUUGAAUAAAUGGGGGUUGGAAUUGUGUACACUUGAAAAUGUUGGCUGCAUUAAGAUAAAUUCAAUAGUGUAAACAAGUUUUGAUGGUUGUAAUAAUGGAAUACUGAACGGUUUAAUUUAUAUAAAAUAUGCAGGGAUUUAUGUUAUGCAAAAUGAACCAUGGAAAGAGAAGAAGGGAAGUCACUGACCUUUUAAGGUUGUUUAAAUGAAUAUUCUCAGCAAAUUUAAUAAAAAUUAUACACAAAAGAAGAAGAAAGGUGCAAUAAGUAUAUAAAUGCAAUAAGUAAAAGAAAUGAAUAAGACUCAGGCGCCGGGCAGACUAACUACACCUCCUGUCCUGUCUUUUAGGUAUAGAGCAAGACUCAACUCAGGAACCUGGAAAGACUGGCACCUUCCUGGGGGCUGAAUUAUGGACAGUGCAGAUGAAAUUAAACCGCGCUGCUUGGAAAGAUGGUUGUCCUGGACAUAACUAGCAGAAGAACCCAGAGAGCUCCUUUCUACUAAGUCUCAGGCCCUUGGUUCAUCUAACACAAUAUCACCUGCACACUGGUUAGCAGAGGUCUUUGCCAGUCCCACCUGGAGAUGCCUAAAGGUGAACUAGGAGCCCUGGGGUGUGCAGAGUAUGUGAUCUGCCCCUGAGCCGUGGACCUUUCCUGUUGUUGUUUAGUUGUUUAGUGCUGUCUGACUCUUCGUGACCCCCUGGAUCAGAGCACGCCAGGCACUCCUGUCUUCCACUGCCUCCCGCAGUUUAGUCAAACUCAUGCUGGUAGCUUCGAGAACACUGUCCAACCAUCUCAUCCUCUGUCGUCCCCUUCUCCUUGUGCCCUCCAUCUUUCCCAACAUCAGGGUCUUUUCCAGAGUCUUCUCUUCUCAUGAGGUGGCCAAAGUAUUGGAGCCUCAGCUUCAGGAUGUGUCCUUCCAGUGAGCACUCAGGGCUGAUUUCCUUAAGAAUGGAUAGGUUUGAUCUUCUUGCAGUCCAUGGGACUCUCAAGAGUCUCCUCCAGCUCCAUAGUUCAAAAGCAUCAAUUCUUUGGUGAUCAGCCUUCUUUAUGGUCCAGCUUUCACUUCCAUACAUCAGUACUGGGAAAACCAUAGCUUUCCUAGCUCCUUGCUAUUGGACAGCUGGGGAUCACCUGGUCAGCUACAUUCCUGCCCCCCCCCCAUAGUGGGUACCUGAACCCUGCCUCUUCGUUCCCACUCAUGCCUUUUCCAUCCACUAGACACUACUUCCCUUGUUUAAAGUGUGGUGUGAACUUAGUGCCAGCGCCUUCUGUCAAGAGCUCGGGUGUAACCUACGACGCCUCCCUUCCCAUGAAGGCGCAGGUUGCAGCCACAGCAAAGGUGGCAUUUUUCCAUCUCCACCGUAUUAAGGAGUUGAUCCCUUACCUUUCUCACCCUGAUCUGGCCACAGUGAUCUAUGCGACGGUCACCUCCAGGCUUGAUUAUUGUAACUCGCUGUGUGCGGGGCUGCUCUUGAAGCUGACCCAGAAACUCCAGCGGGUGCAGAAUGCCGCGGCGAGGCUCCUUACAGGGUCCUUGCUGCGGGAUCACAUUCAUCCAGUGCUUUACCAACUGCACUGGCUCCCGGUGGAGUACAUGGUCAGGUUUAAGGUGCUGGUUUUAACCUUUAAAGCCCUAUGCAGCCUAGGACCACAUACCUACGGGACCGCCUCUCCUGGUAUGCCCCGCGGAGGACCUUAAGGUCCACGAAUAACAACACUUUGGAGGUCCCACGUUGCAAGGUGGUUAGACUGGUCUCAACUAGGGCCAGGGCCUUUUCAGUACUGGCCCCGACUUGGUGGAACACUCUGUCACAAGAGACUAGGGCCCUGCGGAACUUGGCAUCUUUCCUCAGGGCCUGUAAGACAGAGCUGUUCCGCCUGGCCUUUAGUUAGUCUGACCCUUAUGUUUCCCUCCCCUUAUGGUUUUGAUCUAUGGGCUACUUUUAAAAUGAGGCUGCAUUUUAACAUGUAUUUUAAAUUGGUUCCCCACCAUUAUGUUUUUACUGUAAUUUUACUGGUGUUAGCUGCCCUGAGCCCGGCUCUGGCUGGGGAGGGAAGGGUAUAAAUAAAAUUUAUUAUUAUUAU